CAAAACGACAAGCGCCUUUCUGCUUGCUUUCGUACUUUGCAGUUUGUAUCCGAUCUAUUCACGUUUCUUGCUCUGUCUCCAGAUAUCCUCCUAGCCUAGAAAUCCCAAACCCACCGCUAAAAAUCGUCCCUGUUCCUUCUUCUUCAUCUUCUGGGUUCUCUAGUGCUCGAAAAGCCAUGGUGGAUGAUGCUUUUGUAAGCAAAGAAAACCCAAAGAAAGCAAAAGACAAAAAGAAGAAGAAUAAGAAGAAGCGUGGAGGUACUAAGAAGAAGAUGACAGCUGAGCAGACUCUGGCUUUCAAGGCUGUCACUGAAUGGGUGUAUUUGGAUCAGCAGUCUUCUCCUCCUUCGGUAUCCUCUGCUUCUGCUCGUGUUGUUGAUGAUUUUGGGGUGCAGAAGACUAUGGGCAGAGGAGGAGAGAAGGUUGUUUUUGAAUUGCAUUCUCAUUCCAAAUGCAGUGAUGGGUUCUUGUCUCCUUCCAAGCUUGUGGAGAGAGCUCAUGGGAAUGGGGUGAAAGUUCUUGCUUUGACAGAUCAUGACACGAUGGCUGGUAUCCCUGAAGCUAUGGAAGCAGCUCGGAGAUUUGGCAUCAAGAUAAUCCCGGGUGUUGAGAUCAGCACUAUAUAUUCUCCUAGAAAUACUGAAGCAGAGGAGCCAGUGCACAUUCUUGCAUAUUACAGUUGCUGUGGGCCAGCAAAAUUUGAGGAACUGGAAAAUUUAUUGGCUAACAUACGAGAUGGUCGUUACCUUCGUGCAAAAGAUAUGAUCUUGAAGCUCAACAAACUCAACUUGCCUCUUAAGUGGGAACAUGUUGCCAGGAUUGCUGGCAAAGGAGUUGCUCCUGGGAGAGUGCACGUGGCUCGGGCUAUGGUUGAAGCAGGCCAUGUUGAGAAUCUGAAACAAGCUUUCGCCAAAUAUCUAUAUGAUGGCGGACCUGCUUAUUCCACGGGAAGUGAGCCUCUUGCAGAGGAAGCAAUACAAGUGAUAUGUGAAACUGGUGGACUUGCAGUGCUGGCUCAUCCAUGGGCAUUGAAGAAUCCUGUUGCAGUUAUCAGAUGGCUGAAAGAUGCAGGUCUUCAUGGGUUGGAAGUUUACAGAAGCGAUGGAAAACUGGCAGUAUACAGUGACCUAGCAGACGCUUACGGUCUUCUGAAGCUUGGAGGGUCAGAUUUUCAUGGAAGGGUUGGAAACAGCGAGUCUGAACUGGGAAGCGUCAAUCUUCCAGUGUUGGCAUUGCAUGACUUCCUGAAGGUAGCUCGUCCAAUCUGGUGUGGUGCUAUAAGGGACAUUCUUGAGAACUAUGCUGAGGAGCCCUCUGAUACUAAUCUAGAAAGGAUAACAAGGUAUGGGAGAACAAGAAUUUUAAAGGGAAUUGCUCCCUCGAGCUGUGGCACAGAUUUGAUUGAUCGUUGCUUAUCAUUGUGGUUAACAAAUGAAGAGAGACAGAAUGCCGAGUUUGAGGCCAUUAAGCUGAAGCUUUCCCAUAUUUCAAUUAAUCAAGGAGGGCUUCAUGUUCCUAUAGAGAGUAAAUAACUCAAAACUGAUAUUUCCUUGUAGCCAUUUUUCUCAAAAUGAUGAUGAGAUAGCUAGUUUUUCAUCUUUUUAUCUUGUUGGUUCUUUUGGUGUUUGUCCUGUAUCUCUUGGGGACUUUAACAAGAGUACCUUCGCAUCUUUUUCAUUACAUCUUUAAGCAUUUCUCUCGGGUAGAUUUUGUUAGAAAGCAAAAUCGUAGGGAUGGGACUCUCCAAAGAUGCAAAAGCAGAUGGUACUUUUUCUCAUAGCAUUUCUGUCAAGUAAUUGAGGCUUGCUGACAAUUUUUUCAGACUGGCCAUAUUUUCACUUUAAA